AUGCCGUCGUACCAGCCGUGGAAGCAGUCCCGGCCGGAGUGGAAAGGCUGCACUGCAGAGCAGUGGGCCGCCUCCCGCUGCAAGACCGACGACUACAUCGCACCCACGAUGCCCAAGGGUUCUGCGCCCGGCAAGAUGUGGUCCUUUGGCGUCUGCCAAAAGGGGGCGGUGGUACGAAGCAGUGGCGCUGCCUUUGCCCGACGGCUGGACCACGCGGAACGGCACUUCAGGAACAAGCACCCAAAGGAGUUCGACGACGCCAAUAACGCGGCUGAGGCCGUGCCAGCAGCCGCGUGCAACCUCGCAUCCUUCGGCUUCACCAUCUCUCUCGGCCUCGCGAUGCUCUGCGUGCCGCUCGUUAUCUCGACGUGUGUAUGGACGGUCUGGACUCUGGCCGCCGUCGGACCCGCCCGCAAGACCCUCUCAACCAUCCUCAUGUGCGGACUGGGUCCGCUUGUCCUGCCUCUCCUCUCCUCUAUUGUCCUCGGCAUCGCCUGGGUAGCCUUCAGCGUGCUGGCCGCAGCAGCUGCCACGCUGCUUCCCUGUGUGGUACUCCUCAGCGCUCUCUACUGGGGACUCGUCAGCGCGGCGGAGUUUCGCACCAGGGAGAGGCGAAAGCCGCAGGACGGCGCGCAGGACAUCACGUUCACAGAGAUGCUUCUGGCCAUCUUUGCCGCCGCCACCUCCCUCGCCGUCACCGGCCCGGUCGUCCUCCUCCUCACGCUGAUCAAGAGCCCGUUGGUGCUCCUCGGAGCCACUGUCUCAGCUUCAUCGCAAGCGCUUGGCGCAAUCUGGAAGUCAAGGGCUGGUCCGUUUGGCUCACUUCUGCUGCUGGUCCUGUUCGCCCUCGGGUUUUCGGUCGGCGUGCCUUGCCUCGCCAUUGCCAUCGCCCUCUCCGCGCUCGUCAAGCUCGUCGGGUGCGCGCUGUGGCCUGGGUACGUCGCGUGUGGCUGGCUGCGGACCGUUGGCGCCAAGCGCCGGGCCGUACACGAGUUCGGCGACCUCGCCCGGGGCGCACGGCGCGAGCUAUCGCCAGAGGUGAGGUGCGUCUCGUGGUUUCCGCCAGCGGUGAUCGGAGUCUUUGGUGGCCGGGUCGGCGGCGGCGGUGGGGAGUGGCGUGUGGAGGUGGGGAGGCUUGCGGCCAAGGCAGGCGUGGAGAGCGGAGCUUUCGAGAGGAUGUGGGGGGCAUUCUUUGCUGCCGUCGAAGCCUCCGGCCGCCGGUGCCUCGCAGAGGGCCUGUUGACUGAGGACGCCAUCCUCGAGGCGCAGCCUAGCCUAAUCGUCGGGCUGCCCUCCCUCGUGCUCUUCGAAGCCGUUGUGCGCUCGCCACCCAACGACGACGCGCUCACCUUGCGCGACGGCACCGAGCUCACAAAUAGCAGCCGACCGCGAGGCGCGUGGGCCGAUGCGCGCUGGGCCGAGCUGAUGCGGGCCAAGCACAAGUGGCAGCAGCACGAGGCGCGGAUCCUGUCCGGCCUGGGUAGCGACGCGCUGCAACGGUCGCGCCGUGCGUUGGAGGCGGUCCUCCUCGCUGGCGGCGAGGAUCCGACGGAGCUGUCGGAGAAGCUGGCGGCGCUGGUUGGCCCAGGGGAAGAGGAGCUGUCUGGUCCGGAGCGCGACGUGCGACAGGCACUCUACGUCGCCGCCCUCGCGUGCGCGGGACACGCCAUCUUCAAACGGCAUUGCAACGAUGCGCUGCAGGCGGUCCUCUCGGUCGACUGA